AACAUUAUUGCUUAUCUGAUUGCCAUUCAACCAAGUCCUCGACAUUGCACAUCAUGUCAUAUAUUCUGCUGUCGUUUGUCUUUAUGGGAAUGGCUGCUGUUGUUGCUGUCUUGAUAGACUACUUUGGGAAUAGAAAGUCCUUUCCUUGGUAUGUCUUGGCUGCCUGCUUCAUCUCGUACUUCUUUCCAUUCACAAUCAUCCUGAUGUUGCCUCUGGAUCUGGCUUCGACUAGAUAUAGAGACUGUUCAUCCAACCCUCUCAUUACAACACCAUGCGACCUGCCACUAGCAUAUGUUUCUGAAGAAUUCCUUUACAGAUUCUGGGAAGUCGUUUAUUGGAUUACCUUUAAUAUUCAGAUGUUUGUUGUUCCUAUCAUGCAAGGCUAUGUCAGAUCUGGCGAGCUGUCGUUUGGCCGUCGUUUGUGGUCUGGCAUCAAGGACAAUCUUAUCUUUUAUUGCAUCUGUGGUUCUAUUGGUUCUAUAUUUGUACUUUAUGCUCUGUUUGCACUCCAUAUCUCUGCGGAAUAUCUUCUUACGCUUGCAAUCCCCGCAACCAACGCUUAUGGUCUACUUCUUCUUACAAUCCUAAUGGGAUAUGGUCUUGUAGAAGUACCUCGUGGUCUGUGGUAUAAUGCCAACGUGUCUUGGGUAUUACGCUAUCUAGAAGUACAAGCCCCUAAAUUAAAAGAAGCCUGUGUGGAUUCUGAAACAGACAUAUAUGAUAUUGCUCGGUUGGUUGGUCAUGCAUCCCGAAAGAUUGAAACGGGUGAUGCGCUGCGACCUCUUGUAGACCAAAUGAUGGAAAAGUGCCCUCUUGCUCUUCAGCAACGCAGCGCUGCCGAGGAAGAAGACGACCUUCCAAAUUCAUUUACUCGUGAUAAGCUCAUUGAUCUUCAUGCUCGUAUUAAAUAUGCUGCAUUUUUAAGUGAGCGAGACCAGGCCCUACUGAAAUACCUUGAGCAGAAUGCGUUUUUGUGUCAGGACAUUAUUGCCAACUACGGAAACAGCAGCCGGCCAAUCGCCAUGCGAUCACUCAGUGUGAUGUGUGUGAUUGCAUCCCUGUUAGUCAUUUGGUCUGAAUCUACUUUUCAGUUCACUUCAGUUACUCUCUCAAUUCCUGCUCUCAUUGUCGAACCAGGAAACAUCAGCUAUGGAUCUUUAGAAAUUUUGGCCAUUGGGUUUGUAUGCUACAUGUGUACCUGUACAUACUCUACUUUGCUUACCAUCAACAUAUUUGAAUAUUACAAAAUGGUUCCUGAACAUCACACAAACGAAGUGUCACUGUUGUUUGUUGGAGCAUAUCUCUGCAAACUUACAUUUCCAUUAUGCUACAACUUUUUGAAUAUGGGAGGGUUAGCUGAGGGCGUUUCCCGCAAAAACUCUACAAUGGUAGAUUAUUCUUCAUCUCCUGUGUUUAUUCAGUAUUUUGGUCCUGCAGUUAAUCUUACGCCGCUGUUUGGAGCUGGAUAUAACGACUGGGUAGCUCAUCUUGUUUUAAUCACAUGUGUAGUUAUUAGUUUGAAUCUUCAUGGUCGCAUCUUGCGUUUCUUCCGUAUGGAAAAUUACUUUUACGAAACAAUCAAGCCCAAUAAUACGGAUGUGGAAGAGGGCCAGAGCAUUAUAUCCCAAGCACGGACUCUGGCAGAGAGAAAGUUGCAACGUGGUGGUACAACAGAUACUUCUAGAUUCUCUAGAUCAGAGCCACGUGCACGUAACGCUCGCGAGCUACUGGAUCGAUACAAGAAUUCUGCGGCCAAUUCUAAUACAACUCCAAAUCGAUCUGACACCCAUGCAACGCUUUCAGGCUCGAGUAGAGCAUCUGACAAUGGUGGUGCUGCAGUUUCUAUUUCUGACACAGCCCAACAUAACACAUCCAAAAAAUCAAACAACCUACUGCAAGGGUUUGCUGGAGUGUCUGCCUUUUUCACACCAAAAAAUGGAUCGGCAUCAACAUCAAUUGGCGAUGGAUCUAGAUCUGCAUAUCAAAAACUAGAUCAGCAGCAAGAUGAAGAGUCUGCAAGUGUGUCUAAUUCUGGUGGCCGAUCAGCACGCAAGUUUGGUGUGACCAACAACUUAUUUGCAUCUUCUCAAAGAAAUGGUGGAAAGAGUGAAACCGGAAAGUCGACGCAGGGAACAAAAUCGUCAACUGUAAAGCGAGGAGGGUUGUUUGAUGAUGUGUAAAAAGUGCAACUGCACACACUUUUGAGACUUUUAUCCAAUAAAGGCUAAACUUAUUU